AUGGAAGCAGCGAUGGGAUUGAUGCGGAGAAUGCCUCCCAAGCACACCGAGACGGCUCUCUCCGCCCUCCUCUCCCUUAUGCCCCAACACUCCUCCGAUCUCCUCUCUCAAGUCGAUCAGCCCCUCCAGGUUUUGUGCGAUAUGGAGUAUGGGAAGGAGUUCAUUUUGUGUGAAUAUAAUAGAGAUGCAGACUCUUACAGAUCACCUUGGUCAAAUAAAUAUCAUCCACCAUUAGAAGACGGCAGCCUCCCGUCUGAAGAGUUGAGGAAACUUGAAAUUGAAGCAAACGACAUCUUUGCCAUUUAUCGUGACCAGUAUUAUGAAGGUGGAAUUUCAUCAGUUUACAUGUGGGAGGAUGAUAACGAAUGUUUUGUAGGCUGCUUUUUAAUAAAAAAAGACGGCUCCAAGACAGGUCAAGGUCGCAGAGGUUAUCUGCAGGAGGGUGCAUGGGAUGCUAUACAUGUAAUUGAGGUGGGUCCGGAGGAGGAAGGAACAUCCCAUUACCGUUUAACCAGCACUGUCAUGCUGUCUCUGACUACAGACAAUGAGUCAUCAGGCACAUUCAAUUUGUCUGGAUCAAUUAGACGACAGAUGAAUAUGCACCUCUCAGUUCAAGAAGGUCAUCUUUGUAACAUGGGAAGAAUGAUCGAAGAAAUGGAGAGCAAGCUGAGAAAUUCACUGGAUCAGGUUUAUUUUGGAAAGACGAAAGAGAUGGUUUGCACUUUACGACCACCAUCUGAAGUAGUGAUGAGACUGCCUGACAGCUGA